UUUCUAAACGGUCCAGUAAAACCCUAGAAUCCUUUCUUUCUCUAAAAUUAUGGCUUUGGCGGACGUUAAUCCUCCGACCAAAGUUGGUCGGGAAACGGCGGAGAAAGCCGUCGAAUCUCUUCUUCAAUGGCGGAGUUCCAAACGGGAGAAGCCCCAACUCUUCGACCAAGAAGAUUUUCUAUACCUCGUGGUAACCCUGAAGAAGAUCCCUCCCAAAGGUCGCACAAAUCCUUACAAAAUCCCUCUUCCACAUUCCCUUCACUCCGAUUCCUCCGAACUUUGCCUCAUUAUCGACGAUAGAACCAAGUCCAAUCUCACUAAGGAUGAUGCCCGGAAGAAAAUACAGUCUGAAAACAUCCCAAUUUCGAAGGUAAUCAAGUUGUCAAAGCUUAAAUCCGAUUACCGCCCCUUUGAAGCUAAACGGAAGCUCUGUGAUUCGUACGAUAUGUUUUUCGCCGAUGAUAGAGUUAUUCCGCUGUUGCCGAGUCUGUUAGGGAAGCACUUUUACAAAAAGAAGAAGAUUCCGGUGCCGUUGAAUCUGAGGCAUAAGAAUUGGAAAGAACAGAUCGAGAAGACCUGUUCGUCGGGAUUGUUGUAUUUGAGGACAGGGACGUGUAGUGUUGUGAAAGUGGCGAAGACUUCAAUGGCAGUUGAAGAGAUUGUGGACAAUGUGAUUGCGGCCAUUGAUGGGAUUGCAGAGGUUGUGCCUAAAAAGUGGAGUAAUGUGCGGUCGUUUCAUUUGAAGGUCCUUGAAUCUAUUGCAUUACCAAUUUACCAAACAGUGCCGGAGUUGAAGUUUAAGAUUGAGGCCGGCGUGAAGAGGAAACAAGAUGAAAUAACAGAAGAAGAAGCAAAAGAAGAUGAAAUAACAGAAGAAGAAGAAGAAGCAGUAAAGAUUCCUGCUUCCGUAAAAGUUACCAACAAAAAGGAGAAAAAAUUGAGCAAAAAGAAGGGUAGGAUACAUGAAAUCAGCUACAUGGACACUAAUGGAGAGUUGUCCAAUGACAUGGGUGUUGAGGUUAAGAAAGGGUUGUUAGGAUCUGAUGAGAUGAAGAAGAAGAAGAAGGUAAAAAAGAGUGCGGUUUUGAAAUCGAAAGCGGCUGGUGGAACAAAGGUCAAGGCAAAGAAGUUGAAAGCUUGAGUCUUUAAGAGUCAAUAAUAACCCCAGAAAGACAGACGGGCUGAUGAUGCAACACAUAACAUUAGUAGUAACUGAUUCACUAGUUUUUGGAGGGCUUAGUUACAAAUUUGUUCCGUGUGUCUCUAUGAUUUGAUAAAACCUCAUAAAGCCUACUGUUGAAGACAGACAUAUAUGAGGAUGUGAGUGUCAGCUAACCAUAUGUCAAUGUUGUUAGAAGACAUAACGAUUGAGCAUGUGGCGUUUAGCUAUUCAUGUGUCAAUGAGUUGGUUUUUUGUAUUUAGUUAACAACCCUUUCCAUGUUGAUUUAACUUCAGCUUCUCCUCUU